AUGGACCGUAUUCCAUAUUUGGUUUCAUCUGGUGGGAUGCAAAUUCCUCAUAUGGGUAUUGGCACCUAUGAGUUACGUGGUAAGGAGUGCGAAGAGGCAGUUUUAUCAGCAUUAAAACUUGGGUUCCGUCUAAUCGACACAGCUGCUGGAUAUAGAAACGAGGAAUAUGUUGGAGCCGCUAUUCGAGCAAGUGGCGUGCCCCGCUUUGAGCUUUUCAUUGUCGUGAAAAUUGCUCCAAAGGUAACAAGAACGGAGGAAGCCGUCGAGACAUGCAUCCGUGAGAGUGUGCGGAAACUUUGCAUUGAUUACGCCGAUUGUGUAUUAAUUCACUGGCCCGGUUGCGGUGGGCGCAUGCCACAUGAAACAGAGGAACACAAAGCCGCACGCCGCCGCUGCUGGAAAGUAAUGACAGCCCUUCAGCAGGAAGGGAUCGUUCGCCAUUUGGGCGUGUCAAAUUUUGCUGGAAGACAUUUUGCUGCACUUUCUGAAGAUGGGUCGGAGGCAACACUGUUUGCGGAAGGGAAAGUCAACAAACCAGUGGUGAAUCAGAUAGAGUUGCAUCCCUUGUGUGUGCAGAAAGAUGUCUGUGACUACUGUAAGGAACACGGCAUAAUACUUCAACAAUACUCUCCUUUAGGACAGUGCAACGCCAAACUUAUCGAACAUCCGGCUCUUUGCUCCGUGGUGAAGGACACAUUCUCUGGGUUUUCUGUCCAUGAUGUACUGUUGUUGUGGGGACUGAGCCAAGGCUUUUGUGUAAUCGUCCGAAGCAAAUCAAAGAAACAUAUUGAGCGUAAUUGGGAGGUCGCGAAAAGUUUCUUCUCGGAGGGAGCCCUCACUAAGGUACAUUUAGAACGGUUACGGGACUUGAGGGAACUCAUGAAAGUUGAGGGAACGGAAGACCACCAUUUUUGUUGGCAUAGCAACACGAUAGAUUAA